GUCUACAAGUGCGGUUUGUGCGAUUAACAAUAUUAUCAUUAUAUUUGGUGUCGGCUAAAUUUAAUUACGAGUAGGUACGUGUAAGACAGUUAAAUAUAAUUUGUGUUGGGUAAUAAAUCAAGUUAUUUCUGUCAACCCACGACAUAUUUCAAAGUGUGUUUUAUCAUUAUUUUACAAAAGUUUUUAAAUCACAUAUAAUAAUCAUAUAAGUUACUAACGCGUUGGAUUUCAUUGACAUUGAUUGCAUUAUGUUGAAUUAUGGACACUAAUUAUUGUGUUUAAUAUUCGCUGCUCCGUCGUGACAUAAACACUUUUCUCUCAGUUCUCGCUUAGUAUUUCUUAACUGUGCACGUUUGUUGUCCGUCAGUCGUAAUCCGUCGACAGCUGGUCGCGUGUCGGUUUUUUGUUUGGCAAUAUCUUGAUUAAUUAAUUAACUAGUGCACAUCGGGUGUUACGCAAUUGAAAAUCUCACAUAUACAUUAUGAAAUUACACGUGGUGGAAAACUGAUUGGGUUCUAUAUUGGAUAAACAUUGUACGAAGUGGAAUAUGGAGAGGAAAAGCGGCAACGUGACCGAACAAUACGCAACGGAAGAACGAGCGGAUUCGCGGAAUUCGCACGAACUCUCCGAGAUGCAAUCGGUAGUGCAACGUGAUUUUCCCGUUUUCUUGACGGGACCUCAUUAUAAGAAGUAUCCGUCGUACAAGUCGUUCAGGCGUCAAACGCGUGAACCGAAGAGAUUAGUGCGUCGGCUAAUUAAGAAGAAUGGCGGGUCGAACGUGUACAAGGCGCGAAUGCGCAACCUCUGGGACCGGUACAUGCGCGACUUGGGCCACACAAUCGUCGACAGCCGCUGGAGAUGGACGGUGCUUUCACUCUCCUCCUCGUUUCUGCUCAGCUGGUUCAUCUUCGCCGUUGCGUGGAUGCUCAUUGCAAACGUGAACGGCGAUUUGGAUCCGGAUAGUCCUUCACCGACGCCCUGCCUUGUCGGCAAUAUAGGCUUCGGUGGUUAUAUGAUGUUUAGUAUCGAGACACAGCAGACAAUCGGAUACGGCUCGCGGUACAUCACCAACCACUGCCCGGAAGGCACGUUCCUGAUGUGUUUGCAGAUCAUUCUAGGGUGCGCCAUAUGCGGUGCGAUGGUGAGCAUCGUUAACGCCAAAAUGGUGCGACCCUUCCAGAUGUACUCCAAAGGGCUAUUCAGCAAGAAAGCAGUGAUAUGUCUGCGGGACGGAACGCUGUGUCUGAUAUUCCGCGUACGCGACGAGAAUGGCAGAUACGCAAUAGGAACGACCGUGAACGCAUAUCUGGUGCAGAGUCGACCGGAGGAGCCGUUCCUGAAAUCGCUAGCGCUGGAAAAGACGGGGCUGCUCAUAUGGCCAUUGGAGGUCGUUCACAAAAUAACGCCGUCGAGCCCCUUUUACGAUCUCUCGGCCAAAGAACUCAUAACGAAACGUUUUGAGAUAAUCGCCACGAUGGAGGGAACUUCGGCAUCGACGGGUCAGUGCUCCAAGACGCGGACAUCGUACCUCAGCACUGAGAUUCUCUGGGGAUGCGCUUUCAAGUCAUGCAUCUACUAUAGCGGCGAGGCGAAUUGUUACACGGUGAACCACGAUGAGUUCAAUACGACGCGCGAGAUCCUUACGCCGUUGUGCAGCGCGCAGCGGCUGAGCGAAGUGCUGCAGGACAUCGCCAGCGUAACCGAUAUUCCUUACAACUUUGCCGAUGGUGAACUUCGACGCGAGCAGCUUCACAAUCACGAUCUAGAGGAUAAUGAUUCCGAUGCGGACGGAGAGCAGCGUUUUGUCGCUCAUGAUGACGACGAUGAUAACGAUAGCGUCUACGAUAACAUCCCGCGCGCCGGGAAGCCUGCGUUUGAAACGAUGAACUCGUCAACUUGCGAUGUCGACGUCGAGGAGCUGUUGACUUCAUUGGCGAACGCUGUGAAAGCAAAAAGAUAAUUCCACGGUUAUUAGGUAUAAUUAAGCGAACGAAAUCCGAAAAUAAAUUGAGCAGGCAGGUUUGAAGUUGGAACUUGUCCGUGAAUGCUCAAAAUGUUGUGGGAGUCGUUUGGUGCACACGUCACUAGCAGUUGUCACAUUUUAAGUGAGAGUGUGAGCGCGUGCAUGUAAUAAUACUUUAACGAUUGAGUUGUAAACUUCUUAAAGUGUAUUUACAUCCGUGCGCAUAGACUGCCAAUAAAGUAAUAUUUAUUUAUGAGAUAAGAAA